CUGCUGUUGCGUUUGCGCAUCAAUAUCGUUCGUUCAUUUGGUUGGUUGGUGUUUAGUUUGGUAAGAAUGGGUUGGAAUAAACAAAUAAUGUAAACGCUUAUUGUGACUGAAGAUUUUGGUUAAGUGCUUUCAGGAUUUUUAUUAAAAUAUCACAGAACUGUGUUUAUACAAGACAAUGGAGCCGACUUCACCAUGGAAAAGACCAAGCGAGGUGAUGCAGUUACACAAACUGAAGAAACGGAAAAAAGCGUUGCAGGAACGCAUGAAACAACCAUUACCCUCAACAAGUGAAGAAGCUAAAGAGUGUAAAAAUGAUGUAGACUUAAAUUUCUCUCGACUGAUGAAUGGAGAUAAGAGGAAAAAUCCAUUUUCGAAAAAUAAUUCACAAGACAAGAAGCUAAAGUUAGAUUCAGACUCCCCUCAAGAUGAGUCCAGUGACAGAACAUUGUUUGCUAUUCUGAAUUUACCAGCCAAAGUGGAGAAACCAGUGCAAGAGGUGGACACUGAGAAACUAUCCACAUUCUCCAACUUGUUACAGAAGUUCACAGCAGAACAUUCUGUGGAACCGCAAAUAAUAGAAAAAAAAUACAAACAUUUACCCAUUGACUGGGCGUUGAAAACCAAAGUUAGAUUAAUGUCCCCCAAACCAUUUGCAUGGACUUCAAAGUUAAAAGCCAGUGAAGAAGCUUCUGGAAUAACAGGUUUCGUACGCUGCCUCGACACCACGUCAUCGCCGACGCUAGACACGUCUCCGCGCGCACUGUUCCACCAAACCAGUUUGUACUGGCAACACCCGCACCUGCCCUGGCUGCAGCUGUACCCGCGCUCGUCGGGCAGGGUCGCCGCCACCAGCUUCAUGGCCACUAACGACGAAGUCAAGCAGGCAUUGCUCAGGGAGUGGACUGAGAGCUUUAGAUCCCUGUUUCAGCUACUUCGCGCACUUCACUGUCCGUACUUCUACCUGUGCGCGAACACGUUUACGUGCGUUUUCCGCGCUGCCGGUGUUUGCGGGGAGUCGCAGCCCUGCGCGCUGCUGGCGCCCACCACCAGGGGCUUCCGGCAGACGCUGCGCCAGGAAGAUGUUGAAUUCACAAUGCCACUGCGUCCCGACAGCAAGAAAAAGCUGAACACCUCUGAAGAGGAGCGCAAGAACUCCUCGUUCGACAGCUGCUACGACACCAUGGACGAGAAGACGCAGGAGACACACGAGUCCGGAGACGAGGACCCGGACCAGUUCCUCUCUCAGCUUGGUCUUGAAAAUGAUCUCAUUAAAAAGAUUAACAAUACUCAGACGCGGAUGACCCACAACGCGGAAAGCAGUGUAGACAGCGCGGCGGAGUCCCUGAUAUUCGUGCGGGGGGCGGAUGCGCAGGCGCUGUUCAACUUUCUGCUCAACUGCAAGUCUAUAGUCAGCCCCACGGGGCCCUUUGCGGGCGUCCCGCCCACUUUGCUGUCCCCCACGGCCUUCCAUGGCGGGACGUUGCAAUCGCUCAAGGUUCGCGAGAACACGCUACACUCUGAUAGCAAGAAGUACUACUCGAUAGAGCUGCGCGGACCCAUCCUGCCCACGACAGUCCACUCUUUGCUUAACGUCCUCCGGACUAGCUCCGCGGCGCAGUUCAGCGCUACCUUCGCACAUCAUCAGCCCACGCUGGCUUUCUCUUGGGCGGCUAAGAAUAUUGCGGAAGACGAAUCAUCAAAAGAAAACGAGCCCAACCUGUUCAGCAAAGCGUUCAACAAAGAAAACCUCUCAGACUGCGGGAUCAGCGAGGCGAUGUUACAGCACUUCUGUUCCCCCGACCCCUCUCUGGUCCAAGCGCUCGACAGCGUCAAGUACAACCCUGAAGACGACACCUACACCUGGUGACGUCAAACGCAACAUUGUCUUUUGCCCACUGCUGGGCAAAAACCUCCCCAUAUUCGCCCAGUCUUGUGCCGGACACCAACGGGCUGGUGGUUUAUGAUGAAAUAAGAUUUUCGUCGAGUGACUUUCAAGUCCAUGUUUUUAUUUACUAAAUGAUCUGUAAUAGUGUCGACAUUGGCUAUUUGUCUGUAUAAAAUGUAUGUUCGUAAGAAGAGUUUUCUUUCCGUUACAACCAAAUUCAACAAAAAGAUCUAAAGUAACCACUCAUUCAAUUUUACACAACAUAUUAAACCAGACAAAUAGCCUGUAAGGAAAUAUUUUAUCAGAGAUCAAAUAAAUUGAUGGAUAUCUUAACUUAUUACUUAUGUUUAUAAUCAUUGAGAUCAUUAAUUAAACAAUGUUAAAUAC